CAAGAGUGGUCCUGCAGACAGAUCCUCACAGCAGACCACACGGUCUUCUGGUAGCCAAAGAGGAUUCCACUUUAUCACUGACAAGCAGUUCUUUUGAUCUUUUUGUGUCUUAUCCUUAUCUGACACUGUGUUUUUUGCACUAUUUUUGUUCAUCUCAUUUAGAAUAGUUUUAUAUGAUUUUUGUUAUAUAAAGUUAAAAUGUUAUUUAUUAUUUUGUAGCCAAGUGAGGAACCUCAACACAACUGGAAGGUGACAAACGAAAUUUUCAACUGAGGGAGCUUUUCACUUGAUACUGGUGAACCGGUCAUUUGCCUUUACCAAAAGCUGAGUACCCCUCCAUGCUGAAGGAUAGAGUCCCGAUUAACCUGAUGUCAUCAGUCGUAGCCCCAGAAAAAAACCCUUCCAAUGCUAUGGGUGCAAAAGAGGUGGAGCUGAUCCUUGUGAAGGAGCAGAAUGGAGUUCAGUUCACCUCCACCACCCUUGUAGCACCGACCACGACUCAGACCAGCCCCAGUGGUGAGGCGGAAAGGGAAACUUGGGGAAAGAAAAUUGACUUCCUGCUAUCAGUGAUUGGAUUUGCGGUGGAUCUCGCCAACGUCUGGAGGUUUCCUUACCUCUGCUACAAAAAUGGGGGAGGUGCUUUCUUGGUUCCAUACCUGUUCUUUAUGGUGAUAGCGGGCAUGCCUCUAUUUUACAUGGAGCUGGCUCUGGGACAGUACAACAGAGAGGGAGCCGCAGGGGUCUGGAAAAUAUGUCCCAUAUUUAAAGGUGUUGGAUUUACAGUGAUCCUCAUUUCCCUUUAUGUUGGCUUCUACUAUAAUGUCAUCAUCUCUUGGGCUCUCUACUACCUCUUCUCCUCAUUCACCAGCGAGCUCCCCUGGGUGCAUUGCAACAACUCUUGGAAUAGUCCAAACUGCUCUGACUGGGCUGACAACAGCACAAUCAGUGACAUUUAUAAGGCCACACCAGCUCAAGAGUACUUUGAGCGAGGGGUGCUCCAUAUUCAGGACAGCAGCGGUAUUGAUGACCUGGGUCGCCCACGAUGGCAGUUGACUUCCUGUCUCGGUGUGGUCAUUAUUUUGCUUUACUUCAGUCUGUGGAAGGGUGUCAAGACGUCCGGCAAGGUUGUGUGGAUCACAGCCACCAUGCCCUAUGUCGUCUUGACUGUGCUGCUCAUCCGCGGAGUCACCCUGCCCGGAGCCACGGAUGGCAUUAAGGCUUACCUUUCUGUCGACUUCCUAAAACUCUGUGAUGCCAAGGUUUGGAUCGAUGCCGCCACGCAAAUCUGUUUCUCACUGGGAGUUGGGUUUGGUGUGCUAAUCGCCUUUUCCAGCUACAACAAAUUCAGCAACAACUGCUACAGGGACGCCAUCAUCACGAGCUCCAUUAACUCUUUGACCAGCUUCUUCUCUGGCUUUGUUGUCUUCUCCUUCCUUGGCUACAUGUCAUACAAGCACAAUGUGGCACUGGAAAAGGUUGCAAGAGACGGGGCUGGAUUGGUGUUUGUUAUUUACCCAGAAGCCAUUGCCACUUUACCUGGGUCAUCGGUGUGGGCAGUCAUUUUCUUCAUCAUGCUCUUGACACUAGGCAUCGACAGUGCCAUGGGUGGAAUGGAGUCUGUCAUUACUGGUCUGAUUGAUGAAUUCAAAUGCCUCCAUAAGCACAGAGAACUGUUCACCCUCUUCAUUGUGUCCGCCACUUUCCUCAUCUCUCUUUUCUGCGUUACAAAUGGUGGGAUGUAUGUGUUUACUCUAUUGGACCACUUUGCCGCAGGGACAUCCAUUCUGUUUGGAGUGCUUAUUGAAGCUAUCGGUAUUGCAUGGUUUUACGGUGUGGACCGAUUCAGUGAUGACAUUGAGGAAAUGAUUGGUCACAGGCCAGGCAGAUACUGGAGGCUGUGCUGGAAAUUUGUCAGCCCUUGCUUUCUACUGUUUAUGGUGGUAGUGAGCUUUGCAACAUUCAACGCCCCCAACUAUGGCACGUACACGUUUCCUCCCUGGGCUAAUGUGCUUGGAUGGUGCCUGGCCAUCUCAUCGAUGUCCAUGGUGCCCCUUUACGCCAUCUACAAACUUUGUAGCCUACCUGGAAAGUUUUGUAAUAGACUGGCUUAUGCCAUCACCCCAGAGACAGAACACCAUUUGGUAGACAAUGGCGAAGUUCGUCAGUUCACACUUCAUCACUGGCUGGUUGUCUGAAUGCUGAAGUGAAAAUGUAUAUGAAGGAAGGGUGGAUGAAUGCAUGCACAGCAAAGGUCUGAAAUAUGACAAAGAGGUGAGAGGAGGACUCAAAAGCAAGAGAAAUUUAAAAGUGCCAGAAAAAAAACUUGUAAGAAAUUAUAGUGUGAUUUUAAUUUCAACUGUGCAUGUGUAAAGCUGUGCGUAAACCCAUUUUGGUUUGACAUCAGUGAACUGGAAACUGGUACUGUGGUGUUCAACUUGCAUCUUCUCUGAAUACAGUAGUCUUCAAAAAGAUGCUGUCUAACUUUGGCAUGUUGGUCAUCUUCAUUUUGCAUGUAAUAAAUUAACUUUGUAGAUCUAGAGGAGCAGACAAAGCAUCAUAACAGGACAGAGAAGACUACUAAUAUUGCUGUUAUAGAUAUUUUCAGUAGCAUGCAUGAUGAAAUCAACAUGGAUGUGAUACAGUGUACUAUAAUUUGAUUUCUUGAGGAGUCUAAUUAGAUUUUAUGUUAAAUGAUCUCAGUAAUGAUGAUGGAAUUGCAAAUAUUUAUUUACUAUUUAGGGUUGUAACAUACCAAAUGUUGAUUACAACUUUCUGAAAUGUUUACAAGCCUAUUUAUUCGAAUGACGUACUGUCUUAUUUUAAUGACUGUUAAAACUGUUCAUUUCAAAUAUUUCACAAAAUGUAUACAUUAAAUGGUCUUAUAGGAAAUAAAUAUUAGAAAUUAUUCAGAUGAAACAAUCCCAACAAGACUUUCUAAAACUCAAUGCUCAGAUAAAAUUAACAUGCCUUUGAUAGCAGUUUGAAAAUAUUAAAACUACAGAAUAAAAUAUCAUCAAUAUAAAAAAGUAGAUAACAUAAUAAUGAGAAUAAAAUGAAAAUAUAUACAUAAAAUAUUAUCAGAAUAGAAUUGCAAUAUUGUGAAGAAAAAAAGCUGUUUUACAAUUAUUAAGUUGUAAUAUAAUUCCAAUUUAGUAUGUUUGGCACAUCAACACUAUCAUCAGUCGGGUGUUUGAUAGUAUUUUGUCCUUAGAGAGAAUGAACUGAAAAUGGUUCAUUUAUGGGUUAGCCACAAUAGAAGUCAUAACUUGACUGUAAUGUCAUUAUAAUAAAAAUAUAAAUAAUGUGGCAUGAAAUGUUAUGUGCAUUAGCACUCAAAAUAACACAUGUAGUAUCCAGACUGUUAAUUUAAACAACCAAAGACUCUGAAAACAUUAGAUUUAACCAUCACUGAGCUACCAUAUUAUUGGUUACUUGUUCAUGUUUAUAUAUUCCAUCCCUAAUAUGAUAGUUUGUUUCAAUGAAAAGCUUUAAUUUUAGUCAUCGAAUAGCACUCUUAAGACUGUUUAAAGGCUGCUCUUUG